AUGGAACAUAAAAUUAAGUUAUUCUUGUUUAUUAAAAUAUAUGCUCUCAUAGGUUUAACUUGGAUAUGUGAUCUUAGCAAUAACGGAAAGUUUAACAAAUAUUUCUAUGACAACUACAAUAAUGAUAGAAAAUUAGGUAUAAGAAAAUAUCGAUUAUUAGCAAAAUAUAAACUAGAUAAGGAUUCAAAUAUUGCGCAUUUAAAAGGGGAUUCAAUAAAUAAUGAAAGGUGCAAAAAAAAUUAUGUAUCUAGUUGUGAAAAAUGGGCUAACGAAAAGAACAAAAAAAAUAAUAGAAAUUUAUUAAAUAAGGCGCAAUAUUAUACAGAAGUUGUGGAUUAUAAUAGUGGAAUGUUUGAUGGAAAACAUUUCCAUUUUGAAAAAAAAUGGAUAAAAAAGAAAAAUUAUGAUAAUUUAGUUGAACGAAAUAGAAGAAUUUGUGACAUAGCUUUAAAAAAAAUAAAAUUUAGAAGUUACGGUUUCGGAGUUGCUCAAUAUUUUAUUUUUUUGUUGUUUGGAGUAGGAUUAGCAGUAUUGCCAACUUUUGAGUUUUGGAGUAGUGUGGGGGAGAAGAUUAAAAGCUCCUCAUUAUUAGGUACUUUGUAUGAUACUUUAAAUAGUUUGAAGGACUAUCAACGUUUUUAUAUUUACUUAGGAAUAUAUAGUGUAAUUAUGAUUAUGUUAUCUGUUAUACUUAUAACUGGAAUAUAUAAGAUUUUAAGAAAUAAUGAAAAAUAUAAUAAAAUUAAAUUAAUGACGGAGUAA